CCUGGCUAUUUGGACCACUGCAGACAACACCUUUCUUGGCUACCCCACUCUGAGCUCCAGACGUCAUGAACCCUCCCUCUACGAAGGUCCCCUGGGCCGCCGUGACGCUGCUGCUGCUGCUGCUUUUGCUACCGCCCGCGCUCCUGUCGCCGGGAGCGGCAGCGCAGCCCCUGCCCGACUGUUGCCGCCAGAAGACGUGCUCCUGCCGCCUCUACGAGUUGCUGCACGGCGCGGGCAACCACGCGGCCGGCAUCCUCACGCUGGGCAAGCGGCGGCCGGGACCCCCUGGCCUCCAGGGCCGGCUGCAGCGCCUCCUGCAGGCCAGCGGCAACCACGCAGCCGGCAUCCUGACCAUGGGCCGCCGCGCAGGCGCAGAGCCAGCGCCGCGCCCCUGCCCCGGGCGUAGAUGUCCCGCCCUGGCCGCUCCCUCUGCGGCGCCUGGGGGAAGGUCUGGAGUCUGAGCCGUUGCUCUGGCCGGGUUCUGACCCUGCCCUCUCCUCGCUGCCCGCCGGGUGUCAGCCCUCAGAAAAAGGGCAAUAAAGACGAGUCUCUUG